AUGGACAGUGAUGUCGGCGUCUUCGCGCCUCGAAAGUCGCACCUGCAGGAAGUGCGCGUCUGGACGCACGCACUCCGCCACGGGAGAACCGCCCGCAGUCCGACGCCAACGGACGCGCCGUCGCCUCUAUUGAGUCCGACGUGCACGAACCGCAAGAUGGCCGAAAGCCGCAGGAAGACGCUCCGUGGCCGCGACGACCGCGGGGGGAUUGUACCGCCCGUGUCGAUCCCGACGACGUACCUCACGCGCGAGAAACAGGGCUGCGUCACGGUCAGUGGCAAGCGCGUGCCGUUCACCCGCGACGCGCAUACGCACAAGAAGACGAAAAAGGUGGGCAAGCCCCUGCCGAGCAUCAAAGAGGACUGCGCGCUCGUGCCCGUGCACUCGUCGCUCGAGGCCUACCGCCGUCGCGCGUACUACCCGGCGAAGAAGGUCAAGACGAAGAAGGUGCGACCUGCGGCGAAUUCCGUCUAA